AUGGCCAGUGCCAAGGUGGUCCAGACAAAUGAGAACAUUCAAAGCCAGGGGAUCAAGCAGCUCCCAUCCCACAGCCAGAGAGCUCAGGAUGUUGAUGCCCAUGAAGGGCUUUACCUGCAGAAGUGGGACGAGCAGAACCCAGUGAUGAUCGACAUGCCACUGUCAAUGGUUCAGACAGCCAGGAAGAUUGGUCCCAAGGAGGAUACCAUUGUAGCAAUGCAUUCAGAUACUUGCCCAUCAGCAUCCUGGAAGACCCACCGGUUUCUCUCCGAUGUUCAUAGCAUCGAUGCUGAAAUGUUGGCCUCUGGAGCGCUGUGCCUGACUGGCGCGAGGGACAGAUGUGGCCACGCACUUGUAACUGUGACGACUCGAAACACCAUUUGGUUGAAUCCAAAUUGCAGAAGUAGUGAGCUGGUGCGGAUCCUGGUUUAUUUCCACACCAUCCUUAGGAAGGAGGUGCGUUCCUUGGGACUGACUGUGCUGGUGGAUGCACGCCGCCGUCCCCCUGUCCCUGUACUCUUCACAGCACUGGACAUCCUGCAGGAUGCAGCGCCUGGCUCCAUUCACACCGUUCUGCUGCUGACCAACAGAGACCUCACUUUCUCCGCUGAGAAGCCCUCGGGCGUGCAGUUUGAGCUUCUUACCUCAAUCAAAGCCCUUCACAAACAUGUGGACAGCACCCAACUGCCGGCCGCCUUUGGUGGGACCUUUCCUUUCUGCCACAAAACCUGGAUUGGCUUCCGUAUGAAAGUGGAGAAACUGAAGAGCAGCUGCCAGGGCGCCAUCACCCUCCUCAGGAACACCAUCGCCAUUAUGGAGGGAUUGGUCUUGCCUGGAAGCGCUCAGGAGGCCCAGCUGCUGCUGUGUAAGACGGAGAAGUUGAUGCACAGUGUCUUGGAAGAUGAACGACUUGCACAAUUGCAACUGGAAGGGGGUGCGGCUUUGUCUAACCUCCAGAAAGAAAGUGUCAGCAGCCUUACAGAGGACCACAGUGAUGCCAUUGAAGCAGUCAGCCAGCUGUAUGAGCAGGUGGACGACCUAGUGCAUGGGCUGGUGAAGCUCUCCAACAGGCGAACACAGGAACUAGAGUUUAUCAUGGAGUUCAAAAGUCUGGAGGAGGACUUCCAGGAGGUGAGGGACUGGAUCGAGGAGGUCGGAGAGAGUCGCCUGAAGACGCUCAGUGAGCUUGGAGACUCCCUGGAGCAGCUGCAUAAGAAACAAGCCCUCUUCAGGGACUUCUACUCUGCUGCAUAUGAGCACUGCAAGAGUGGAGAAGCCCUUCUGAAGAGGCUGGAGCGCUGGGAGGACAUGUCCUCGGCUGAGCUGCAGGUUUACGAAGUGAAGGUCCGUUCUUUCUGGGUGCACCUCCACGACUUUUCCCAGAGAGUGGAGGACACCAAGGACAAGAUCAACAAAACCGUUCAACUCUACGAGUUUUUUGACAAGGCUUACGAGUGGGCACUAGAGGGCAUGCGGCACCUCGCAGGCAUCAGUAUGGAGGACUGCAGUAAGCCAGGCAAGUGUGGCACAGUCAUAAGGUGCCUAGAGGACUACUGGCAGCAGCAUCCCAACAUCCCUGAUGUGAAAUUCCAAGAAAUGAAAGAGCUAGCAUCUGAGCUGAAAAGCCACCAAGGGCUGAAGCAGUGGAAAUUUGCCUGGUCCAAGUGCCAGGAGACCAAGGAAAUGUUUGAGAAGAAACUGGAAGUGGCACUGCGGACCCGGCACUCACUUCCUAUGGACAGUGGCAGGUGGGAGAGUGAGGAGACCGCACCUCGCCGGCACUCUGAAAGUUCUGCCCAACGGCCGCCCCAGGAGCGCAGCGGAAGCUUGUCCUCUUGCAGACAGGGGAGCACAAUGGGCUGGACUAGGGAGAGAUGGGGUACACAUUCAGGUGCCUCACCUUGCAGCCCGGAGGCAGUGCGCAGCCACACCAGAACCCCAACUGCCUACGCGUUAGGCCAAGAAUACUGCAUAGUCCGCACUCCUCCUUGCACCCAACGGCUCAUACGAAGUGUCUCCUCAGAAGAGUCCCCCCAGCACCAUGCAGAGUCUUGUGCCUUCAGCACUAGCCUGGCCUCCAGAGAGCACAGGCAGCGGAUGCUAAGAAAAACACAAAGUUUUGAUGCGCCAUGUAACAUGGAACCACUGUGCCACGGUGCAUGCCCACGCACACUGAGUGAGCCCUCCCGACGGGGCAAUACAGGUGUCUUCAUCAAGGGUCUCGAGGUGAGCAGCACAGAAGUGGUGGAGUGCACGUACAGCCCCUUUCUGUCACCUCGCGGUUGGACUGGUGCAGAAACUGUGAGGAACAGCACCACCAUUGCGGAGCCAAGGGCAAAGGGGAGUAAGUUACGGCACAUUGUGGACGAGAUGGUGACAACGGAACGCGAGUACGUCCGUUCGCUGCACUAUGUCAUGGAGCAGUACUUCCCCGAGAUGGAGCGGCUCGACCUACCACAGGACCUGAGGGGCAAGCGCAGCGUCAUCUUUGGUAACUUGGAGAAGCUGGUGGACUUCCAUAGCCAAUACUUCCUGAAGGAGCUAGAGAGCUGCUGCAACCACCCAUUGCGUGUUAGCCACUGCUUCCUGCGACAUCAAGACCAGUUUGGGCUGUAUGCCUUGUACAGCAAGAACAAGCCCAAGUCUGAUGCCUUGCUGGCUAGCCAUGGAAACACCUUCUUUAGGAACAAGCAGCUGGAGCUGGAGGACAAGAUGGACUUGGCCUCCUACCUACUGAAACCUAUCCAGCGCAUGAGCAAGUAUGCCCUGCUGCUCAAAGACCUCAUCAAGGAAGUGAACGAGACACAGGAGCAGGAGCUGACCUACCUGCGGGCCGCUGCUGAGAUGGUCAAGUUCCAGUUGCGUCAUGGCAACGACCUUCUAGCCAUGGAUGCCAUUCGGGACUGCGAUGUCAAUCUGAAGGAGCAGGGUCAGCUAGUGAGACAGGAUGAAUUCACUGUUUGGUAUGGCAGGAAGAAGUGCCAGAGACAUAUUUUUUUGUUUGAGGAUCUGGUUCUUUUCAGCAAGCCCAAACGAAUCGAGGGAGGUCUGGACAUCUAUGUCUACAAGCACUCCUUUAAGACUGCAGACGUGGGAAUGACCGAGACGUCAGGUGACAGCGGCCUGCGGUUCGAAAUAUGGUUCAGGAGGAGGACUUCGAAGAACCACGCACAUGUCCUGCAGGCAGGCACAGCAGAGAUCAAGCAGGCUUGGACGUCUGACAUUGCCAGGAUCCUUUGGCAGCAGGCCACUAGAAACAAAGAAAUUCGCAUGCAGGAGAUGGUCUCGAUGGGAAUGGGAAACAAACCUUUCCUGGACAUAAAACCUAGUGACGCCGCUAUCAAUGACAGGGCCAUCGAUUACAUCAUGAAGGGCAGAGGAGCCAGGACGCGGGCUUCAAUCGCAGUCUCCCUGUUCGACCACUCUAACCCCUUCAAGCGAGGACAGGUCAAUACAUUAGGUAGCGGGCCCCCAGCGGUGGGUGGGCCGUCCUCUUCGUCUUUGUUGGGGCCCCUCAAUCUGCACAUGUAUAGCAGCCAAACCCUACUGCCUGGAGGGCGACCAUUUGUCGUGGAGGAGGAUGAACUGGAGCAUGAGACCAGCAGCCAGCCAUCGAUGACCACUGAGAGUUCAGAGUCUUCCUCCCACUGCAUGUCUGCAAGUGGCUCCAGCGGCUCCGACAGCGGCUGUGCCUCCGGACACCUCCCCGAGGCCCUGUCAGAAGAGCCUGGCUCCCCCUGCGAGUCCUCGUGUUACUCCACUGUGACGUCGCCGAUGGACGAGAAGCCACGAUUCAACAGCCAGUACAUUUCGGCGGUGAGUUCUGCCGCCAUGUUCCCAGGCAUCUAAACAAAUCUUGGCUGUCAAAUCCACAUGUACUUUAAAUGUUUCAGUUUUGAAGAACAGGCCACCCAUGUAGUAUUGAACUGCAGGUGAAACUUUCAGAAUUGAUUUGCAGAUUUGAAAAAAGUUGUAAGCUAACAGACUACCAUGUUUAGUUCACCCCUCCAUAACUGACUACAGGAAGUACUUACUUUCUUUUCAAAUCCUACAUUGUACAAUGCACCUGGACUCAGUGAUGUCAUCUGUAGUCACUGCGUGUUUUACAUGUUACAGCAUCAGAUACCCUCACUCAUGCAACCCAACCAAGGUUGCUUCCAUGUAGUGUCACCUUGAACCUACAGCUCACCCCUUCUGAUCCACAGCCAUCUAGAUGCCCCCUCUGUACCCUCAGUAAUGUCCUUCAUAGGCUUCCACUGCUGACUGAUUGUGAUACCCAGCAUGGUGUAAACCCAGUACAGCGACCUUCCUGCAAAGCCCAAUGAGCACACGCCUUUUCAUUGCAUUGUUUCCCCAAUUCCUCACGCUCCAUCUUCCUGCUCUCAUUG